AUGGCUUUGCAACCUUUUCCCAACUGCAAACACUUCACCAUUCCUGGAGGCCCAACGUAUUCUUACGUGGUGCACCCUGCACGCCCACGAAAGCCUACAUUCCUUCUGCUUCAUGGGUUCCCCAGUGCCAGCUACGACUGGCGAAAUCAGAUCCGCGACCUCAGCGACGCAGGGUAUGGCGUUAUUGCACCAGACCUGCUAGGCUAUGGAAAUACAGAUAAGCCUCCUGGAGUUGAGGAGUAUUCGGUCUGGAGAAUGGCUGCACAUAUCGCGAAACUUCUUGAACAUGAAGGAAUAUCCAACGUUGUCGCUGUUGGCCAUGACUGGGGCUGUGGUAUCCUCGGGAUGCUCGCAAACCGGUACCCUGAACGACUAUCGGCUUUGGUUUUCAUGGCCGUUCCGUACACACCCCCCGGAACAUUUGACCUUGACGCAUUCAACUCUUUCACAGAGAGCCUGUUUGGGUACCCGGUAUUUGGAUAUUGGCAAUUCUUUAAUGAAUCCGACGCCGCUGAGCUCUGCGACAGACAUAGCGAAUCAAUGACCGCUUUGAGCUAUCCGAAUAAUUAUGAGAUAUGGAAAACUGAUCUAUGUCCGUAUGGAAAAGCAAGGGCGUGGGUAACCAGCGACCGAAAGGUCGGGCGACCGUCGUGGCUGUCAAAGCCUGAAGUUGACACCCACAAUGCAAUUCUCCGAAAUGGAGGAUAUGUAGGGCCUCUCAACUGGUAUAAAGCCUCGAUAAGAAACAUUGAUGUGCCCAAUUAUUCGCAAAUUCCUCCAGAGAACCUCAUCAUCUCACGGCCAGUACUAUUUCUGAUUGCUGAUGGAGACGUGGUGACUCGUCCAGAGCUGGCGCGCCAGUCAGCAGAGCAGGGAAGGCAGGAAGGUUAUUUGCCGAGCGUAGAGGUACAGGAAUUAACUGGGUGCGGACAUUGGUUGCAACUGGAGAAGCCACGAGAAGUCUUCAAUGCCUUGGACGCUUUCGCAAAGAAGGUGGUUAGAUGA